AUGGUGCCUCAAGAAGCUUCUGAAGAGUCUAUAACACGAUCGGGCUUUCACCACGAACUCGAAGAUACUAAAUCCGAUGCGCGCUCACUCGUCACUUUUGACGGCCCGGACGACGUGUAUAAUCCGCUGAAUUGGCCGUUCUCGAAAAAACUCAAGAACACACUUUUAUAUGGUUUCACCACCAUGGGAUCAACUUGGGCUAGUUCAAUAUUUGGUGUUGGGCCAUUGAUCUGGGCGCCUGUGUCGGAACUAUACGGACGAAAAGUUUCAAUUCUGCCGCCAUUUUUUAUUGCCGCAUGUUUUGUUUUUGGGACUGCCACAGCAAAGGAUCUCCAGACUGUCAUGAUCACCCGAUUUUUCACGGGGCUUUUCGGCUCCGCCCCCGUCACCAACACAGGAGGCGUUAUGGCUGAUAUGUGGCCGCCUAGAGAUCGUGCUGUGGCAAUGGCAGGCUACGCUUUUGCAGUAGCUGGAGGCCCCCUUGUCGCGCCAGUUGUAGGAGGCGCAAUCGAUCAGAGUUAUCUCGGCUGGCGGUGGACUCACUACAUCACUGGAAUGCUUAUCUGUUUCAUCUUCUUGGUGGAUAUCGUCUUCAUGGAUGAGACUUUCGCACCAGUUUUGCUGGUUUACAAGGCGCCUCAACUACGACUCCAAUCUGGUAACUGGGCUCUACACACAACGCACGAGGAGUGGGAUCCCAGUUUGGGUCAAUUUGCGCAAAAAUUCCUAAGCCUUCCGUUCCAAAUGCUUUUCGAUCCAAUCGGCUUCCUAUUCUCCGUAUAUGCCGCAUUUGUUUUUGGAAUUUUGUAUCUCACUUUUGCGUCCUUUCCGAUCGCUUUUCAAGAAGAACGCCACUGGAACGAAGUCCAGGGGGGUCUCCCCUUCUUAUCAAUUAUUCUGGGCACCAUCAUUGGCUCUGCAAUCAAUAUCUCUAACCAGAAGUUUUACAUUGCAAAACUUCAGGCUAACAACGGCGUUCCAGUUCCAGAAGCUCGACUCCCCCCCGUCAUUCUUGGCGCCGUGGUUUUCGCUGCCGGUAACUUCAUAUUCGGGUGGACUUCUAGCAAACACAUUCACUGGAUUGGCGAAAUGAUCGGUGCGGCUAGUAUCGGUAUCGGGUUUUUUUCCAUCUUCCAAGGAUCUAUCAAUUACAUGGUGGAUACAUUUACCAAAUAUUCUGCUAGUGCCGUAGCAGCAAUGACUUUUCUGCGAUGCAUUCUCGCGGGUAUCCUCCCGCUAAUUGCAGGACCAAUGUUCCACAAUCUGGGGGUCAACUGGGCGUCUAGUUUAAUUGGAUUUAUCGCUGCCGGCAUGGUUCCCAUUCCUAUCUUGUUCUACUUGUAUGGUGCCCGGAUUCGGGCUAGAGGAAGGUGGUCAAGGCCCCCUCAACCAGAAUCCGGCGCACAGAAAGGAUCAGCUGGAAAUGGACGAGGCGAAAGAGCAACGGUGUAA